ACAAUGACAAAAGACAAUUAUUUAAAUGAAAAAAUUUAACCUAGUUUCUGUCCACAACUAAAAAGCAUCUAAAAAGGUAAACAACAAAAAUAAUGGAAAUUAGGGAUAUAAAUUAUCAAGAUAAUUGCAGAUUUUGUUUAAAAAAGUCAGAGCACAUGAUUGAUAUAUUCACUUUUGUUCUCUUACCUCAUGAUAAUGUAGUUAGUUUUAUUGAAAGGCUAACAAAUAUUGAGUUAUUAAGAGGUGACUAUUUGCCAAACAAUAUGUGUGUUGUGUGUACUAAUGCAAUUGAAUCUGCUAACAAAUUUAUACUCAUGUGUAUAUCAUCAGAUAAACUUUUAAAAAAAGAGAAAACGAUAAGAGAAUUUAGAAAGAUCGAAGAGGAAGCCUUACUGGAUGAAAAUGAUAUUAAUGAUUCAAUAUGGGGUGAUAAAUGUGAAGAUAAUAGUCUUUCAAUAAAAUGUGAAGAACAGAAUAUAGAAUCUUGUUCAGAAAACAGUCUAAAAGACUUAUCAGAUUCUGAUUUGGAUGAUAAAGCGGAGCCUAUUUUAUACUCGUCUGAAAUAUCCCAGCUAGAAGUACCCAUAAGAGAAAAAUAUAAAUGUGAAAAAUGUUUAAUGACUUUCAGCAAUAAAACAAAGUUCUUGGGACAUCAGAAAACUCAUGAUGAUACAAAACCUUUUAAGUGUGAUAUAUGUUAUCAAAGUUUUUUAAAAGAAGUACACUUAAAAGUCCAUUUAAGAUCUCAUGCUAAAUUGGAAGAGAAGAAGUUUCAGUGUGGAGUGUGUGGAAAGCAAUUCAUAUUUGCCUAUUUGCUGAAACAACAUGAAUAUAGACAUUCUGAGAGAAAACCGUUUCCUUGCACAAAAUGUUCUAAAGGGUGCCUAACAUCAGAAAGUUUACGUCGUCAUAUGAGGAUACAUGACAAAAAUUAUAUUAAGAAAGCAUAUAUUUGUACAAUCUGUAGAAAAGAAUUUCCAUAUCCAAGCUCCCUAUCAGAACAUAUGAAGCUACACACUGGUGAAAAGCCUCAUCUUUGCUCCAUAUGUGGUAAAGGUUUUCGCCAGAGCGGAGCUUUACAUUACCAUCAAAAAAUUCAUACAGGCCUCAAGUCUUUUAAAUGCAAAAUUUGUCAGGAAUGGUUUAUGUCACAGAGCAUUUUGAAAGUUCAUAUGAGAAAACACACCAAUGAGAGGCCUUUUGUAUGUGAUUGCUGUGGUAUGUCUUUUAGGCAAUCAAAUGACUUAAAAAGUCACACUCGUACUCAUACAGGAGAAAAGUCAGUUUUAUGUACAGUUUGUGGCAAGAAACUAGCUACUACUGGACAAUUAACAAUACAUUUAAGAUCACACACUGGCGAGAAACCGUACAAAUGCAAAAUCUGUUCGAAGGCAUUCACUACUAAUUCAGUGUUAAAAAAACAUAGUAGAGUUCACACUGGAGAACGUCCAUAUAUUUGUACUGUAUGUAAUAAGGGUUUUAGUCAAAGUUCUACAUUAAAAACACAUGCUCUGAUGCACAGGAAUAACCACCCACAAAACAGCAAGAGACAAGUAAAAUUAAAAAGCGCUAAAAGCAAAAGAAAUGAAUCAGAAGAUAGAGCCACUGUAAAAAUUAAUUUAGAAGAAAAGGAAACUAGUGAUAUGAAAACUGAAUUUACUGUUAUUCCUGCUCCAAUUCCAUAUGUAACAAGUUAAAUUGUAUAUAUAUAUAUAUAU